AAAGGAACAUCUUCGUCUCAGGAAAAGGAGUUGCGCGAUUAAUGUGUUUCUCUUUUAGAUGUUGCUCUCCGCCCAGUUUGGCGGGCGUUUGCUUGCACCCUUCUGCUGCACCAAUACCCGAGUUUCCAUCGUCGCGUAUAGCUGCAUGUGCACGUAUGUAUAAAUACAUGUGCGGGGGUGGUGCUGGCUGCGGAAUGAGGGUGUGAGCGAGAGGGUGAGGGCAAGAGCGAGCCGGGUCGACUGUGCGAAUCUCUGCACGUACAUGCACGUGUGUACGGGGUGUAUGUACACGUACAGGCGCCGUUUCCAUGGAUCAUCGUGUGCGUGUAUUCGCGGGGGUGGCGAGGGUGAGAUCGAGGACGGUGGGUGCCUCGGUGACGUCAGUGCUCCAAUCGUCGGUUGCGCAGAGACGGAGUUGGCCAGCGCGAAAGCGCGUCGCGCGUCUACGUCAGAAUGACGGGCCGAGCGAGCAGCAGCCGUUAAACCACCCUCUUCGGUCGGGGACACUCUCUCUCGGCGCGGGCGGGCCGACGGUCUAGGGAGAGGUACACGGGAACAUGGAACAGGGAGCGGUGUCGUGAAGCGAGGCGGAAGGCGCGUGUCGUCCGCGCGCGCGUGGGUUAACGGCGACGCGACUCGGGUGGCCGAGUGCCGGCGACGAUGGCGAGCUCGGGCUCGGCGGUCGACGGGAUCGGCGACGACGGCACGACGGGCGUGCCGGGCGGCGGACCCAGGAAUCCCCUCACCUGCGGAGUCUGCCACAAUUACUACAACGAGCCCUGCCUGCUUUCCUGCUUCCACACCUUCUGCGCCCGUUGCAUACACGGCCCGCACAUCGACGGGACGGUCAAGUGUCCUAUCUGCGGGCAACAGACACAGUUGAAAGAUGGAGCGCAAUUACCACCCCCCGAUCAGCUGAUACGCCAAUUGGUAGAGCUAGCAAAUUCUGAAAACCCACCAUGUGCCAAUUGCGACAAACGCGACAAAUCCACUAUGUUUUUCUGCACAACAUGUGGACAAGCGCUUUGCACCCACUGCAGAGAACAUACUCAUCGCGCGAAGAUGUUCUCCACUCACGAGGUGGUGCACAUGAGCAAGUGCACCAAGGACACCCAACGACGCUGUCCGAGCCACGGCGAGCAGUACAUAAUGUUCAGCCAGAGCGCCAAGUGCAUGCUGUGCGCCACGUGCUUUCGCGACACGCCCCCGGACGCACGGGUGCACUGCGUGGACAUCGAGAGCGCCUGGCAGCAGGCCUCGAAGAAGAUGGAGCGCGCGGUGAAUUCGAUCUGCGAGCUCCAAGCCGGCAUCAAGGACGGCGUACUGGCGCUCAAAUCGCAACUGGACGAGCUGCGGCACAGUCUCGAAUCCGAGAAGCGCGCGUUGACCGCCUUCUGCCAAGGGAUGCAGGAGGCGAUCAACAAGACGCACGCGUACGUCCUCACGGAGUUGCAGCGUCAAUUCGACACCAAGGAGCGCAUGGUGCGCACGCAGCUGCUCGCGCUGGGUGGCGCGUUACCCGUGCUGCAGAUGCAUCUAAUGCUGUGCACCGCGUUCACCACCGGCGCGACCAAGUAUCAGUUCCUCGAACUGGCGCAUCCGAUGCUGGAACGGCUGAGUCGCGUCGCUCAGCUGGGCCAUCCGUCGCGUCCGCCUCUGCUCGCCGCUCACAUCAAAACAAAUUAUCGGGCCGACUUCGCGCGUGCCCUGCAUCCCUAUGUAGGUCAAGUGCAGACACCGAAGGUUACCGCCGAGUCCCUGUACGAUCAAAUGGCCGGCGGCCAUACGAUAGGCCAGCCGGAACCGCAGGUACUUCAGCAGAGCAGUAAAGUUGCUCAGAGGCUGCCGCCGAAGAGCGGAUCUGACGGUGGGCCAUUUUCCAAUCACUGUCGGACCUUCGACACUCAGCUGAAGGAACUGAGUCAGCAGUUAAUGACGGUGAAGGAACGAUUGGGUGAGUUGCAGCGGGACGUUUCCGUUUUGAAGAGGGCGAACACCCCGCCGCUGGGAUCGCGUUACGAUCAUGUGGCGAGAGACUGCCGCGUGCUCGAGCAACAAUUGGAGCAUCAUCAGAUGGAACUGGAGCGACUGAGAAACAUCUUCGACGCGCUCUGGGAGGAGCAGAUGUGCAGGAUCCACAUAGAAAAGGAGAUCUUUCACUCUCAGAUGAAUGACAUACUGUCCCUGAAGAGCGAGGUGAAAAAGUUGCAAGUGCUCGCUCAGCACCUGGAACCCUUUGUCAAGUCGUUCUCGAUAGGGAUCGGCGCUGGGGAAAUAAGUAUGGCCGCGGCGGACGCGGCUGAUAAUCAGCAUCUGCAAGCGUUGCUGGAUCAUUUGGCGCGCCUGCAGAUGCAGGAGCCACCGCCGCAUCCGCAGGCUCAAGCACCGACGAAGGAUCAUCGUCAUCCACGUAGCACUGCCACGAGUGCCGACAAUGCGCUAUACAUGAAAGAGACAAAGGAGAUCCCGACGCGAUGUCGCACGCCGUCCGGUGGUGUAGGCGCCGUUCUAGACUCGAGCGGCAACAUAGUCGUGUACGGGACGGCCAAGUCAACCGAUCCGAAGCGAGGCGUGCUCAGUCAAUUGAUCGAGAAGGCCCGAACGCAGAAGGACGAUCGCAAGAAGUCGCCAGGCAGAGAGGACGGCCGCGAUCGCAGUCAGAGUCGGCGUUCGCGCAAGUCGCCGGACAGCGCGAAGCCGAAGACACCGCCCGGGCACUCGUCCGGCGGCAAGAUGCGGUCGUUGUAUCGCUCCUUGAAAGGCGGCACCGGCGACACUUCCGCCGAGGCGCUCGAUCAAGCGGAAAGAUGCACCGACUCGCAGCAGCCGCAGUCUCAUAUCGGCGAUGAGGGCGAGUAUCAACGAAUCUCGGAGGCCUCGAGCAUGGGCGAAGCGAAGAAGCGUGUGCAGGCGCAAGUGCACGCGGUCCCGACCGACGAUCAGAUACGGGCGAUCCCGAGCAGCAAGGUCGCCAAGAUCUACCCAGCCAGCGAUUCCGAGGAGCUGUUCUACGGCGACGGGAAGGCGGACGCGAGGAGGCGACGGCGCGCCAGCUGCGAGAGUCUGAGCACGACCGGUUCCGGCAACAGCAGACGGUCGAGCAUCGCCGACGCGGUAGGUCAACAAUCCAUCAUGCAGGAUCCCCGGAAAACCUUGGUCUAUCUGGUCGGAUCACGGUCGUCGUCUCUCGUGCAGAAGCAGCGCUCCUGGGAGACCUUUCCGCGGCCGAAGAGCAAGCGCGGCGCCGGUGGCGAUGGUGCGGCGGCCGCGGGGGCGUCGUCCCUCGGCCAGCUGAAGAAAGCGGACAGUUUCGAGGGUCACGAGGAGGCGGUACGCACCUUGGUGGCGGCCGUGCAGGAGACGCGCUCUCAGCUGCGACACCAUCAUUUACAUCAUCAUCGGUAUCAUCGUAAGAGCAAAACGAAUUGAGGCAUUCUCGGUCUUUUCGCAACCCUUCCUCGCGCGCGCAACAUAUAAUUACGUAAGGAAAUAUUGUCCGUGGAUAUCGAGUAGAUAUUCGCGAGCCUAUUGCGUAUAGAUAGAAAAAGAAAAGGAAAAUGAGAAUGAUCAAAAGACUAAAUGCCGUGCCCCAAGUGGCUUAAGUAUACAUGUUAUUUAUUAGCAACGGAAGCGUAUUGUUGUGAGAGCCGAUAUUAUCGGUUUUUCGAAGAUUUUGGACAUUCUACUAGUAUAAUAUUAAUAAUAUUAAUAAUAUAGAAAUAUAGAAAUAUGAUAACGACCAUGAAAAAGGUCUAUAUUCUGCGCGAUAUGGAAAAUCGGAAGUCUUUGUUAUCGAGAGGCACCUUCGACAAGUGCGCUCCCGUCUUUAUAUUAAUUACUUUUCGAAAAAUUUCUUUGAGAUCCCGAUCGAACGUAUGGCGUUUGUAUUAUUCCGACGUUUUUGACGUUUGUAUUGUGUCGAACUUUUAUAUAGCGAUUUAAUUGCAUUCGAUGAAAGCGCCGAAGAUCGGUUCCCCUGCCACCGUAAAUCCAGACUGUGAAGAGACGGAAUGAUCACAUGCGUUAUGUCCGCUACUCGUAUCGUUGACACGACCUACCUUGGAGCGGUUGGUAGAGACACGUAGAGCCUUGAUUAGGGAUAAUACGGGAAGAUUAUAAACAAACGCGCGUUUUUUCAAACAAAACGCGCGUGUGCAAUGUACAAUAAUUGCAAAAGAACCGCGGUUGACGUUACAAUUUAAACUGUGUACAGACAAAUUCAAAUCGAUUUCGUUCUGAGCGCACAUUAUCUCUUGGUUACGUUUAUUACAAAAAUUCACGUGUCUCGUUUCUUUAUUAAAAUGUGCGGAUUUAUUCCCACCGUAUUUUCCCGUACAUACGGUAGCACGAAAUUCUUCCUCCUUGAACGUCAACGGGUCGGAUGCAUAGUCCAGUAAAGUACGUCGCGCAAUUCGAUCGGUCGAAUAAAAACGGUAAUACUUAGCUAAUAAACAACACUGCCAGUCGCGAUAUAUUACGAAUUUAAUCGACGAUACUCGAUUCGCGAAGAAUAGCCUAAUUCGAGCGUUUACUCGUAAUCGCCAGUUACAUCAAUAAAAAAAAUAAAAAAUAAAUAAAAACCCGACGAUCGCCCUACGACUCGCCGCUGCUGCGGACGUAUCGACGCGCGGGCUCGUCACGAUUAUGCAAUUAUCGACUGUAACGUAACGAUAAUAUUAAUCCGAAUAAGAAGCGCAUAAGUCCCGGUCUACAAUAGAUGUAGUAAGCCUUAAACCGUAAGAAAUUGACCAAUCAUAGUUGAAUAUAAGGAGAAUAAUCGACCAUGGUUGGUCAAUUUCUUGCGGCUUAAGGCUUACAACAUUAAUUGUAGACCGCGACUAAAGGAUAAAUCGGUGUUACGAGGAAUCAGCUCCUCCUUGUGAAAGUCAAUGCGAUCGUUAAUCGUUGUUUCGAAUUUAACUACGAGGACUUGUAAUCUUCAACAGGGUUACAAUGAACGUUCUAAUUAUAGCGAGUGUACACGUAAGCAUGUAUGAGAAAUGUCGAAUUGCUGGUAUAGUAAAAUAUAUACAAGUUAAUAAAUAUA